CCGAGCAGUAGCAACUGGACGACUCGACUCGAUUCGCCGCCAGAAGGCACGUUCCCGAGUUCGGCACCGGUGGGGAUAUUCGAUAAGUAAUUCGCAUGGUUCUGCACUCUGUUGGGUCCAAGACUCCACACCGCAACCCACUACUCAUGGUAUCCCACCACGUCUGAUCAAUCCCAUCCGCCUACAAAUAAGACACCUUUACGCGCUGACGACGACCUUGCUCCUGGUUAUCCUGUUCCUGUUCCUGUCCCGUCCAGUCCCGUCCUCGCGUGCUCUGUCAGAUUCCCACUUGACCGCCUGUUGCUGCUUACUGUUGUUGUUGUUCGAUCCUCAUCACAUCAAGACCUUCUUCAUCAUGUCCAGCCUUCCUCCCGUCUACAUUGCCUCCGUGGCACGAACCCCCGUUGGAUCUUUCCUCGGGUCCCUCUCGAGCAAGACCGCUGUCCAGCUGGGCUCUCACGCUAUCAAGGCUGCUGUCGAGCGAGUUCCUGAGAUCAAGCCCCAGGACGUUGAGGAGGUUUUCUUCGGCAAUGUGCUCUCGGCUGGCGUGGGCCAGAACCCUGCCCGUCAGUGCGCCAUCAACGCUGGCCUCGACGAGGCCACCGUCGCCACAACGGUGAACAAGGUCUGCGCCUCGGGGCUCAAGGCCAUUAUUCUGGGCGCCCAGACCAUCAUGACCGGCAACGCGUCCAUCGUUGUGGCUGGUGGCACCGAGUCCAUGUCCAACACGCCUCACUACUUGCCUAAUCUCCGCACGGGUGUCAAGUACGGUGACGCUGGCCUGAUCGACGGCGUGCAGAAGGACGGUCUGAGGGACGCCUACGGCAAGCAGGAGCUCAUGGGCAUGCAGGGCGAGCUGUGCGCUUCUACCCUCGACAUUACCCGUGAGCAGCAGGACGAGUACGCCAUCAAGACUUACCAGAAGGCUCAGGCCGCUACCGAGGCCGGCGUCUUCAAAUCUGAGAUCGCCCCUGUCGAGGUCAGCGGUGGUCGUGGCAAGCCCAAUGUCACGAUCGACCGUGACGAGGAGGUCAAGAACCUCAACAUUGACAGGCUCAAGAGCGCCAGGCCCGUCUUCAUCCCCGGCACCGGCACUGUUACCGCUGCCAACGCCUCCCCCAUCAACGACGGUGCCUCCGCCGUCGUCCUUGUCUCUGAGGCCAAGCUGAAGGAGCUGGGCAUCAAGCCCAUUGCAAAGAUCCUCGGCUGGGGAGACGCCGCCCAUGCGCCUGAGAAGUUCACCACCGCCCCUUCGCUGGCCAUCCCCAAGGCCAUCAAGCACGCCGGCCUGAAGGCCGACGACAUCGAUUUCUACGAGAUCAACGAGGCCUUCUCUGUCGUUGCCCUGGCCAACAUCAAGCUGCUUGGCCUCGACCCCGAGAAGGUCAACGCUUUCGGUGGCUCCGUCGCCAUCGGUCACCCUCUCGGCUGCUCUGGCGCCCGUAUCAUCACCACCCUGACGACAGUGCUGAAGGAGAAGAAGGCCAAGAUUGGCUGCGCUGGUAUCUGCAACGGCGGUGGUGGCGCUUCUGCCCUCGUCAUCGAGAACCUGCAGUAAGCCACUAUGAGAUGCCUCCCUUUCAAACCUUGCUGCAUGGAUACAAAGUGAUGUCAGCCGAAGAGCCGCUGAGCGCUUAUUAUCGCGGUACAAAUAAAAGGUCCGCGUUUUACUAGCUAGACUUGGGUAAUGAAAUACAACUGUCUCUGAGUGGGUCUGCCACGCGAGUGGCCAGUGUACAUUGGCGUGGAUAAUGCUUAGGGUGGCCUCGCCCAACCCGGCAUUCAGCUGUUAUGAUAAUGGUCCAACUGCUUGGAGAUCCACCUGUGAGGCGGUCAACCCUCUGGCAAAUACUUCAACAAAGAGAGAUAACCAGGCAUUUCUGUAUCACUUGACUCGUUAGCCAGCCUCAAAACGGAACCACGACUUAAUGAGAUAACGUUUGUUUCCCCUGCGAGGGUAUA